UGCGAUGAGGGCAGGCCGACAUGCAAACAAUGCGAGAAGUUGAGGAGGGAGUGCGGCGGGUACCGGCAAGAGUUUGAGCUCGUCCAUCGCGACCAAACCCGGUCGACAAUGCGCCGCUUGCGCACCGCCGCCGGCCCCCGACAACACAAGCCCACGGGUCCCCGCCCGUUAGUCUUCAUCCACGAAGAACCACAGUCGGGGCGGCGGCAGCAGCAGCAGCAGCAGCAGCAACGACAGCAGCAACGACAGCAGCAGCGGCCGGGCCCCUCCCCGCAGUCGGCACUUACCAUCCCGCUCGCCCAUCGUGCCUCCUGUCACUUUGCUUCCAAUUUCAUCCUCGUGCCUGCCGGCAGGGUCGCCCAUGGCUUCAUGGAGUACCUGGGCCCGCUCAUGGAUGCCGAACCCCCAGAAAGCGCCCUUCGUUAUGCCUUCAACGCCUGCGCCUUUGCCCUGCUGGGCAACCGGGCCAGGGCCGACGGCGUCGACCUCGCCCAGCUCUCACUGAGAGAGCACACUCUGGCUUUGGCUCAGACGCACAAGGCCCUCGGUCACCCGGCUCUGGCCAGUACCGAUUCGACACUAGCGGCAAUUUUGUUGUUGUCCUUGUAUGAGAGCAUAACAGCCUAUAAGGAGAGCAGGGCGCUAGCCUGGCGCUCCCAUAUUGACGGCGCUGUCCACAUCGUCAAGACACGUGGCCGGGCAGAGAUGUGCCGGACCCGGAUUGGGAAUCUUCUGUUCACGGCCGUGCGGCAACACCUGGCCUCCCGCGUUGUGUCAUCUGGGUUGCCGCUACCCCUUGGCACCGACUGGUGGAUGUCAGGAGGAGAUACCAAGUCCCUCCUGGCAAGGUCUCAGCGUUUCGCCCUGGGAUUUUGUGACCUGAGGGCCAGAGCGAACCAGCUCCUAGCCAACGCCUCGAGGUCGCCCGAGUCCCUUGCGCAGAUGUACGAGUUAGCCGGGGAUAUCCAGAAUUUGGAUCGCGAGAUUGCCGAUUGGCUUGCCUCGAUUCCGGCCGAGUUCCAAUUUUGGCCUGCGUGCUGGGUGCCAGAGGACGGUGACCUCACAAGAGGCACCAGCUUUGGCGAGAUUGAGGUGUUUCCGGGGCGCGUCGAUGUCUACCCGGACUUUGUCACCGCAAUGGCCUGGAACAUCGGACGAUCCUCGCGUCUCCUCCUCGCCUCGCUCCACAUCCGGGUUGCUGCGAGGAUCCACGCGCCGGCCGACUACCGCACCACACCGGAAUACGAGAUCGCGAAGCGGAUUUGCAAGGACAUCAUCCCGGAUAUCAUUGCUUCAGUACCCUACCAUCUUGGAUGGAACAUGAACGGCAAGAGGUUCCGGAGCCCUGGCCUUUCCGCCUUUGCCUGCGGCGAAGAGGGGCCUUGUAAGGCGUUGCCGGCCCUGUUUUUGAUAUGGUCCUUGACAUCCAUCAAGAAUCACGACUUCACGACAGAAGAACAGCGGAUGUGGGCAAAGGGUCGACUCAAGUAUAUCGCCGAAGUAGUCGGGCUGAAGUACGCCCACAUCGUUAACGACGCGAGUCCCUUCCUCGUUCCUCUGUAAGAUGGCGUUACGGGACUAAC